AUGAGCGGAGGCAUGCGCCGUAGGGGAAACGAGGACCCUGCACCCUUGUUCGUCGACACCUGGCAAACUAAGCCUCUACGCGGAUGUUUCCUCCGUAUCGACGCAAGUCUUCAAGGGACCUCGGGUGUCUUCGAGAGAUAUGUGCUUCUUUUUGUAAAACACACUAUGAGGAUACCGAGCUUUUCCUCGGAGUUUUGUUGA